UUCACGGAUCCAAGGGACCACAUUCGCGAUGAUCAACAUCUACUAUGUACUGUGGUAUGAUCUUCCUAGCAGGAGCCGGGUCAAAGGUCACAGCCUUGCUGUCACAGACUCAAGACCGCACUUGCCGACACUCAAUCUAGUAAACACAUAUUUCCCGGUUUCGGCUGCAGGUCGUUUGUCGCCAGUAUAGUGCCCCUCGUGCCCCUCUUGCCCUCGUGUCCCUCGCGAACAGCAGCGACGAGAAUUUGAGAGCAAGGAUGAUGGGAUCGUCAAGCAGUGCAACCUCGAUACAAUAUCUGAGAUUGCAAUGCUACUAUAUGGUGAUCAUUCAAGUACACAGAACAUGCCCGGGUAAUGAAUCAGCCGCGAUGGGAGCGGGGUUUCCUUGCCACGGUGUCAAGCUUCGGGAAUGCAGCGGCUCACCUUUUCCCGUCGGAUCUGGCAUAUCUGGGAGUCUGUUUAUUGUGAUGGUCUAGCCACAGAGCUGUACCAGCAAUUGAUCAAUGGUAAGCAACGUGGGAAGCACCGCCUCGCUCGGGGGAGGCUGAAAGGAGAGGUCUUCCAGGUCCACGAUGCUCGCCAUAGCGGAGCAGUCCGGUCUGUCUUGCUGGCCUCAGAACGUGUUCCAAAGCAGAAAGUAUGUGCGAGAAUUGGACAUGAGCAGGCUGUAUAAUUACAGCAGGUUGCCAUCUUGGGGCGCCUCAAGGUCUGUGCACUUAGACGACUCGGAUUGAGCCGUGGCUCGAGGUAAUCGCCGCCAGGACGCGAAACGUCAGGACGUGUGGAUCCCGUAGGAUUCGGGCCUAACUCUCUCACUGGAGGGGAAUUCGGACGAGGGCUAGGUUUUGGCUGAGGCCAGCCUACAGCAGAGACAAAAGUAUAGGCCCAGGAUCAGCUCGAAGACAAGUGGCUGCUAUUGGACCGAGUGAGCCCACGAAUAAGAAGUACGGCACAGGUGGUGGUGAAGAAUGUUGUCGCAGAAGACUUGGCAAUGCUGGCAUGGCAUAAGGUGGUGGCCCCAGGGGACAAGUCAUCGACUCGCCGUGCAGCCCGUGAUGGGAGCGGCCAACGACGACCAUGUGGCCAUGGCUGAUGUGGAGCCUCCAAAGGGAGGGUUUAGCUCGGUGCUUGAUGCCCGGAACGGCGACGCCGUGCUUGUGAGCGGCGAAUCGGCAGGCACGGUUGGGUGGUCAAGUCAUCGGAGGAACCCAGACAAGCAGAAGACAAAAAGGAAGACGAAAAGGCGUUGGGCUUGCGCCCGCGAAACAAAUCGAGUCGACACCGCCCUGUUGUGUUUGACGUUGCGACAGGCCCGAGUUGGGACGAGAAGAAGCGCCGCGUGACGACUCGCCGAGCAGCCGCAAGGUUUUGGUAGGGGGACAGCUGGCGGCCAGAACCACGGGAACACCUGGAAACAAUGUCGUGAUAUGGGACGUGGCAUCCAUCCGACGUCGUCGCCCGGGUUUUGUUUGACGAUGGAUGGAACCGCGUCCCCUGAACCCAAUCAAGCAACCUCGAGCAGCCUCGAGCAGCCCACGGCGUAACUGUGGACCGACUACGGGGGCAACGGGCGCAAUGGGCCAAGCCAUGUCGGUGACUCGGUCUUUGGGUGUAGUAAUUACUGUGUAGAUGGUGAGGUUAAU